AUGAAAGAAGGCAUCAUCCGCCUCCUCGACACGUCCGGCACGACCGUCCUCGACUCGGUCUCGACCGAGUACGAGGACAGCUUCACGCUCGAGACGUUCGGCGACUCGAUCGAGGCGCACUACGAGUGCGAGCCGAAAGGGUCGAAGAGUUUCAUCAUCGCAAGGACCCAGACGUGGGAUGUCAAGCAGCCGGGGAAGGUGUUUUAUUCGUACUACAGCGCAUAUCAACUCAACAAGAUCCUGUUUCAAACGCAAGUGUACCUCGGCAAGAAGCUCAUCCACCGGCUGCACGUGCUCAACCCCUUAACCAACACCGACAUCAUCGGCGACGUGCAGUACUUCAUCAUCCGGCUCAACAAGGAGCAAGGCGCGCAGGCCAGCACGGGGUCGUCGGAGGGGCGGGGCGGGGAUGAGGGUCGAGGGGGGCCGCCGCCGGCGGUGUUGCAAGAGAGCGAGGGUGGUGGGGGUGGGGGGAAGCUCGCGAAAUCCGAGAGCAAGGCGAAUAUGGAGGACCGGGCGGAGAUUGCCGCCACGGUGCCUGUCGAGGAUCUCGAAGCGCCUGCGGCGGGCGACGGGGUCAAUCUCGUCCCCACCAUCGACACGAUAACGCCCAGCAAGCCCGCCAAACGCGGCGGGCGGCCAUCCACCGCGGGCCCGCUGGGUGCGGCGCGACGAAAGAUGUCGUUGGCGAUCAACACCGCCCCGCCCGGCGCGAGUCGGUAUUUGGAUCUGCCGCCGCCGAGCCCGAGCGUGCGGGAGAUCGAGAAGGGGGAGUUACCGAGUUGGACGUUGAGUGGGCCGCUGGUGAAGGAGAUCACGGAGGAGGAGCCGCUCGGGACUGGCCCACUCCGCCGUAAAUUCAGUCUCGCCACCCUCCGUCUCACCAGCCCCUACCCCACCGCGAUCUCCCCACCGCGCGGGCCCAAAUCCGCCUACCCAACCUCCACCAGCUCGCAGCGGGACCCGGAAAACUUCAUCAUCACCGUCCCGCUCACGCCGUCCACAGCGCGCGACGGCAUGAUCCCCGAAGAAAGCGGCGACGAAGAAGGCACGGCAAAGGUGCACAUCGUCACCAAACCGCCCCAGGGAUUCCUGAUGCUCAACACGGGGACCAAGCAGCAGCGCACGCAGGUUCCGUUCGGGACCGCGACGCGGUUCGGGAAGAGUAUUGCCGAUAGGGAGGGUGUGGGUGCCGGCGACGACGUGGUAUCCUCGACCCCGCCCGCGCGGCGCCGCGCGCUGUCGCUGCUGAACUACGGCGCCGAGGCGGACAAGAUGGAGGAGUGGAUGAAGGCGGUCGCGCAGCGGCCACGGACGGCGGGGCCGGGUCGCCGCGCGAGUGGGAAAGACGGGGAUGACGGGGAAGCCACGGUCGACGUCGAGUCCCCCGCCGCCGCCGGCGACACCUACACCGACACCGACACGCCCGCGGCGUCCUCGGCGACAACAGCCACCGCGCUGCUGGUCACGUACGACGCCGUGCUGGUCGCGACCGACACCGACUACCUCGAGACGUCGCGCACGCGCACGCUGUUCCGCACCAACGCCGUCACCCCUGCGGACGUCAAGCUGUUUGAGAUGGAGGAGUACACCGGCCUGUCGUCCCCGCCGCCCGUGGUGAUUAUCGACGACACGUGGUUUUGCGAUUGGUGCUUUCCGAGCGAUCAGAGGUUGAGUGGGAUGACGCCCGUGGUGAGGUGGAUUCAUCGGCUGAAGUUUUGGUUUGUGCUGGCUGGGGUUGCGGCGGGGUUGGGAAUAAUGGUUUAUUAUGUGAGUAAGAGUGAUGCGAAAAUGUGA